AGCUGAACGCUCGCUGCUCUCGAACACCAGCCACGGGAGGGUGGGAUGCGCCCUUCCCCUCCCCUCCCCGCUGCCUCUCUCUCCGUGCCUCUCCCAGCUCUCUCCUCCUCCUCGUGUCACAACGCCGAACCGCUCCCAUCGUGGCCGCAGCGCAGCCAUCCCAGGGAGCCGCCCGCGGUGAAGCAGGAGGACGAGGAGCGGUUUAGCGGCGCAGCGGCAGCGGCAGCAGCAGCAGGAGCAGCAGGAGCAGGAGGAGAGGUAGACGGAGGAUCGGGAUGAGGCUGCGUCAUGAGGAUGAAGAGGCGCGGGCAGCGGUCGCCAUGGCUGCGGCGCUCCGAAUGAACAGAGCUGCGGGUGACGCUCGCACCGGCCUCUGAGCCCGAGGUGGACGCGAGACCGUGGCGGUGGUGGUGGACGCGAGACCGUGGUGGACACGACUAUCGUCAAGUCAUCGGUGGACUCGAUCCCCGGCCCUCGAAUAAAUCCGUGGACGCGAACCGUGGUGGUCCAGCUGCAGUGGACCCUGGUGGUGGUGGUGGUCGAGAGCGGCGGUGGUGGAUACGAGGUCGUGGUGGAUACGACCAUUGGUGGACACGAACCGCAGUUGUCACGAGGCCUUAGCGGACGCAGACCGUGGUGGACACAAAGCUGAACCUGUGACGUCUUCUCGGCGGUGGACACGCAGGCAGUGGUGGACAUUAGCUCGGGGGGCCUCUACAAGAAUUUCCCCGCGGCGAGUUUGCGGUGUCAAACCCUCUGGAUCGUGCACAGCACAGCGGGCACCAUGGGGGUCAUCUUCUCCGAGAUCCAGUGCAACAACGAGCAGCGGAUGUGGUGGGCUUUCCUGGCCUCCUCGCUCGUCACCUUCUUCGGCGGCCUCUUCAUCAUUCUGUCGUGGAGGUCACUCAAGUACCUCUGGACGGUCUGCUGCCACUGCAAGAAAGCGAACAAGGAAUUGCAGAAGAUAAAAGCCGACGGAGCGCCUCCCUCGGAGGGCACGUACCGACCACGAGAAGAGGCCGAGGACUCGGAGGUCGGCUGGAUGACCUCGGUGAAGGACUGGGCCGGUGUCAUGAUCUCCGCGCAGACGCAAACCGGCCGCGUGCUGGUGGUGCUCGUUUUCCUUCUCAGCAUCGGGGCUCUGGUGAUUUACUUCAUCGACUCGUCCGACCCCAUCGAGGAUUGCCACUACUUCCAGAAGGACACCACCCUGCAGUUCGACAUGGGCCUCAACAUCUUCUUCCUCCUCUACUUUGGCUUGCGGUUCAUCGCAGCCAACGACAAGCUGUGGUUCUGGCUGGAGGUGAACUCCAUCGUGGAUUUCUUCACCGUGCCUCCAGUGUUCGUGUCUGUGUACCUCAACAGGAGCUGGCUCGGUUUACGGUUUCUCAGGGCCUUGCGGCUGAUACAAUUCUCUGAAAUUCUGCAGUUCCUAAACGUGUUGAAAACGAGCAACUCUAUAAAGUUGGUGAACCUGCUGUCCAUUUUCAUCAGCACAUGGCUGACGGCGGCUGGCUUCAUCCACCUGGUGGAGAACUCGGGCGACCCCUGGAACAAUUUCCAGAACUCGCAGGAGCUGACGUACUGGGAGUGCGUCUACCUGCUCAUGGUCACCAUGUCCACCGUGGGCUACGGGGACGUCUACGCCAAGACCACCCUGGGACGGCUUUUCAUGGUCUUCUUCAUCCUCGGGGGACUGGCCAUGUUUGCCAGCUACGUCCCUGAAAUAAUAGAAUUAAUAGGAAACCGCAAGAAAUAUGGUGGCACCUAUAGUGCUGUUAGUGGAAGGAAACACAUAGUCGUGUGUGGCCACAUAACCCUGGAGAGCGUCUCCAACUUCCUCAAGGACUUCCUGCACAAGGACCGUGACGACGUGAACGUGGAGAUCGUCUUCCUGCACAACAUCUCUCCGAACCUGGAGCUGGAGGCGCUGUUCAAGCGACAUUUCACGCAGGUGGAGUUCUACCAAGGCUCCGUGCUCAACCCCCACGACCUGGCGCGGGUCAAGAUCGAGGCGGCAGACGCGUGCCUCAUCCUCGCCAACAAAUACUGCGGAGACCCCGACGCCGAGGACGCCUCCAACAUCAUGAGGGUCAUCUCCAUAAAAAACUACCAUCCCCGCAUCCGAGUCAUCACCCAGAUGCAACAGUACCACAACAAGGCCCACCUCCUGAACAUCCCGAGCUGGAACUGGAAGGAGGGCGACGACGCCAUCUGCCUCGCCGAGCUCAAGCUCGGGUUCAUCGCCCAGAGCUGCCUCGCGCCCGGCCUCUCCACCAUGCUCGCGAACCUCUUCUCCAUGCGCUCGUACAUCAAGAUCGAAGAGGACACUUGGCAGAAGUAUUACCUGGAGGGAGUGUCCAACGAGAUGUACACGGAGUACCUGUCCAACGCCUUCACGGGGCUGUCCUUCCCCACCGUUUGCGAGCUGGUCUUCAUGAAGCUGAAGCUGCUGCUCAUUGCCAUCGAGUACAAGUCGGACAUGCGAGAGAGCAGCAUCCUCAUCAACCCUGGAAACCACGUGAAGAUCCAAGAGGGCACCUUGGGCUUCUUCAUCGCAAGCGAUGCCAAGGAGGUGAAACGAGCUUUCUUCUACUGCAAGGCCUGCCAUGAUGACAUUUCUGAUGCCAAGAAAAUCAGAAAAUGUGGCUGUAAAGGAUUCAAGCCGUCAUUCUACCAGAGGCUGAAACAAGCAUGUUGCAUGUCCACCUCCCCGCGGCACACCGACAGGACGGUGCCGCCCUUCUCGUCCCUCUCUGUUCAUGAUUUCCCAACCACUUUCCGCACCUCCAAGUACUUUGUUAAUGGAUUAAUCCAAUCACUCGAUGAGUCCUCAGCUCUCUCUCCCAUCAACAAGAAGCAGAAAAACGGAGCGGUCCGAACGACGCCCAAUUCGUCGCCACCCCGCGUCAUCAGGCAUGACUUGCUGGCCAUCCCGGGCACCGAGAAAGCAGAGGACAUGGACUGCAACAUCAAGAAGUACGACUCGACCGGCAUGUUCCACUGGUGUCCAUCCCGCGACAUCGAGAGGGUUAUCCUGACGCGCAGCGAGGCGUCCAUGACGGUGCUGAGUGGCCACGUCGUCGUCUGCAUCUUUGGGGACGCCAAGUCGGCGCUCAUCGGCCUGCGCAACUUCGUGAUGCCGCUGCGCGCGAGCAACUUCCACUACCACGAGCUGAAGCACAUCGUGUUCGUGGGCACCCUCGAGUACAUCCGCCGCGAGUGGGAGUCGCUGCACAACUUCCCCAAGAUCUCCAUCAUCCCGGGCUCGCCGCUGAGCCGCGCCGACCUCCGGGCUGUCAACAUCAACCUGUGCGACAUGUGCGUCAUCCUGUCGGCGAACCAGAACAACAUCGAGGACCCGUCCCUGCAGGACAAGGAGUGCAUCCUCGCUUCACUCAACAUCAAGUCCAUGCAUUUUGACGACAGCAUCGGCCUUCUGCAGGCCAACUCUCAAGGGUUCACUCCGCCCGGCAUGGAUCGCGCUACCCCGGACACAAGCCCCGUGCACGGUCUCACACGGCAGCCCUCCGUCACCAACGGGUCCGGAGUACCAAUGAUCACCGAGCUCGUCAACGACUCGAACGUGCAGUUCCUGGACCAGGAUGACGACGACGACCCCGACACGGAGCUGUACCUCACGCAGCCGUUCGCCUGCGGCACCGCCUUCGCCGUGAGCGUGCUCGACUCGCUGAUGAGCGCCACGUACUUCAACGACAACACGCUGACGCUGAUCCGCACGCUGGUGACGGGAGGAGCCACGCCCGACCUCGAGGCCCUGCUGGCGGAGGAGAACGCCCUGCGCGGCGGCUACAGCACGCCGCAGACGCUCGCGAGCCGCGACCGCUGCCGCGUGGCGCAGUUGGCGCUGUCCGACGGGCCCUUCGCUGACCUCGGGGAGGGAGGCUGCUACGGCGAGCUCUUCUGCAAGGCCCUCAAGACGUACAACAUGCUGGCCUUCGGGAUCUACAGAUUCCGAGACGCCCACCUCAGCACCAACAGCCCGUCACCCAAACGCUACGUGAUCACCAACCCGCCCUACAACUUCGAGCUCUUCCCGAGCGACCUCAUCUUCUGCCUCAUGCAGUUCGACUUCAACGCGAGCCAGCCGCGCGGCUCGCACUCCUUCACGGGCAAGCACACCGCCUCGCUGCACUCCAUCUCCUCGGCCACGUCCCGCCACAACAAGCCCAGGGCGAGGGAUCCCAAGGCCAACGAAAGCGGUGCAGCCCUUGGAUUAAUACGCAACCGACAAGCAGUGGUACCCCGACGAGGUGGAGGAUGCAGUCAACCGCAACAUACUCAUUAAGCCGAUGAAUCCGCAGCUGUCAAACCAGAUCAACCAAUUCAAGGCGAUAGGCAGCCCGAUCCCUCCAAUCCGGGAGAUGGAGGAUGAAUGCUGAGAUUUCGCUGCCUCAUCGCUCUCACGCGCUCUCUCUCUCUCUUUAUCUCUCUUUCCGCUGAAUAACACUCUCGCGUUGCGUAGCGCCAGUGAACGAUACCCGGGGACGGGUUGUCAAGGCGCACGGAUACCACGAGAUGCUUUGAACUGCAGCAAAUUGCUGAGUAGAUUGCGAGCGAGCGUGGCUUGGCAUGGGCUCUGGUGCAUAGAAUCAAACGAGCCGUCCCCCAUCCCCACUGCCCGACCACACACGCGCCCUUUAUAGCCAAAAUGCGCGUUGCCGGUGCAGUUGCACCGCCUGCACACUCGACGGCGACUGCGCCGCUGCUGCGCAUCACGCCUGACGAUGGCGCGCCGUCCCCCCCUUCCUCGCCGCUGCCUUCCACGCGUCGCAAACCUCGACCGCGUCCGCUCGUGCGCCGAGCUGGCGCCAAAGGUGAGGCUGAGACGACGCGGCUUGGGUGCCCGAUCUGCGUGUCCCCACGCUCUUCCCUCUACCCCAUCGGAGUCUCCUCCUCGCCUCCUCCGCCUCCUCCGCCUCCACUGUGAGAAUUGACCAAAAGCUCACUGGCAUUAAGCGGCGCGGUCCGCGCGAGUGUUCGAGAGGGUCGUGACCAGCGGCGUCGUUAUGCACGAGUGCGCAGGCCGUGCAACUGCCCCGGGGUCCAUCGGCCGGAGGGACCCAGAGGCCCCAGGAAUUACAAAGAGAGGUGGGCGGGGGGGCGGUUAGACUAUUUGGGGCUCCCAUUGCAUCCCAUACACCGGGGCCCAUGCCAAUGACGCCACGCCGCGAGUUUUAAGAGUUGCCAGGAAUCGAGUUUCGCGAAGAUUCAUUGCGUGAAGAAAUAUCGCGGCGUGCGUGAUUCUAAGCCGGGGGGACAUGUCCACGAAGUCGCUGACAGCUGCCAUUCAUCCUGGCCCAGGGUUUCCUGUACAUGUCAACGAUUUGCUGUUGUCAGGGAAGGCAUUUCUACCGCUCACCAUCCCUGCAGUAGAAUCUGCAUCAAAAAAUCCCCCUCCGCCGCGUGUAGCCUUUAAGAGACUGUUGGGGGCACGUGCUGUUAGCGAGCACCGAUGAAGGUCCGACCGAUGCACCACAUCCUGGUGGUGGUGCCUGCACCACGCCGAGCCGCCUCCUGUCUCCCGAGUGCCGAUGUUUACGCACCGCACCAGGUCCUCGUUUAAGGCGGAGUCGACCUUGGGGAGGCCCGGAGCAGGUGCCGAUGUCACGUCGUCACUGGCGAUGCUAGCCGCGGCUGGGGAAUUGAACUCGGGUGCCGCUGCGUUUCAUGGCACGGCGCGCUAAUCGCAGCGCCACCGCUCAGUCUGGGUGAACGCUGGCGACGCACGCGAACCUUGACGUUUCCCAAUUUGCACAAAGCCUACUUCUACGUCACAUUCCAGUCAUAGGUAUAUGCGUUCAAUAAUAAUGGAUUUAAAAUAAUUAUUAUAUUACACCUACAGCCCUUCUUUCAGUUCCACUGCUGGACGAAGCCCCCCCACGCCACGUGAGGGGGGGGGGGGGGCUCUCACGGCGAUUGUUGAACUGCUCUACUUUGUUUGGGCAAGGGUGGCGCGCAGGAAUAACCGGUCCAGAUAUCGCUCGCCACCGAUGUUAGCCACGGCCGGGAAUGGAAUCGCUCAGGGUCACCGGGUGUUCAUUUCGCGGUGCGCUAAAACCCUCUGUGCCCCGCGCGUUCACGGGUGCGGGCGUGUAGUCACUUGAAGAUGUUUCUUGUUUUGUUGCGGUUGCACCCGAGUCAAGAGCCGCAUGGCUCACAGGGUUAUACCUAAUAAAUGAAACUCAAACGAGUGUGCACCAAAAGGGGUGCACGGAAAUCCGUGGGAAGUCGGUCGAUUUUAGAAUCACGUCUCCCCUAAUAAUGACGGCAGGCUUGUUUUGAAGCCGAGUCCCGGUCACGCGUUGUUCUACGCGUGCCGUGCAGUGUGUCCGUCGGCGUUACGGUUUUUAGAAGACGGGGGGGGGGGGGGGGAAAUAACCGAUUGAUAAUUAAUCGUUGUCGCGUCCGUAUUUUUAACCAUCCCGCGUGGGAGGCGAGCAAUCUGCCCCGUAGCCCGUGGGUAACAAUGACGUCAUAUCCACCAGGUCUCCUCCUCCAUCGAGGAGGAGAUCUGUAGCUUUCGACUCUGAAUUAAUUUGCAUUGCAGCAGGCGAGACUUGGGCUGGGGUUGAGGGUGGAACGGGAGGCGGGGGGGUAAUCUGUGUGAAAUGAAUAUUGCCUCUUUCACUUUGAAGUGCUGGUAGCAGCCGCAGUGGAGAGACCUCGUGGCAUUUGAACAUCAAUCGCGGCUACCGCGCUCUCGACUCGGCGUGUCCGGCGAACAAAUCGUGCGACUUUGUGGGCGCGUGUCGGAGCGCGCCAUCACCCCACGACCCAGUCAACCCUGCAGGGUUGAGCCUGGCCCGGAUGGCUCACAGCCACCAGGGCUUGCCACGUGUUGUAAGCGUGGCGGGCGGGGGGGACCCUCGUGUGCUAGGUCGGGUUUUUCUCCGAGUUCUUAGCUUUCCUGGCACGCGAAACCAAAUGCUCGCGAAUGUAACCGGAGGAAACACAUUCCAGCAGGACACUUCUCAAAGAGAGCCAUGAGACUCAGGCCUUCCGGAGUAACUCAUUGACAGGAUUAAUAUUAAACGUAAGAAUAGGUUUUACCUUUUCAGGCAAUAAAAACAGUUGUGUCAAGAUGUUCAAACACCAAACAGAAUCCUUAUUCAAGGAAUCAAGUCACUGCAUUAACCACGCGUACUUGUGGUGAACAUGCAAACAAACAUGCUUUGAUAAGAUGUUUGCAUCGCCUUUGAAACUGAUUGGCCUACACCAGGGACAGCCUCCUUUAUGGCGGAGUCUCUCCAGUAUCAGACCAGAGAACGCCAAACGGCGAACAGUUCAAAGACAAUGCCACACGUAUCAGAGCAUUUGUAGCUCGGGGUGAGCAACUGUAUAAUUGGACCUUUUUUCCAGUAUUAAAAAGGUCCCAUGAUACGAAUAAUAUUGUUCGUUAGAGGACGACGCUACAUUUACACUUUCAUAUGUAAAACAAAAUUCAGACGCAUGGGCACUCCCAGAAGAGGGUGAAGGUAGAGGCGCGGCCCUGCAAUUGCUCACGCACGCCACUGCUGCCAGAGCUAGGAGUGGGGAAGUCAUACGUUGAUUGCCCUGUGUACGCCUUUAAGAUUGCUGAUGAUGUCAAGAAGGAUUCGUAAGUCACAGUGAUGGGCAGUUGAGACAGUCUGCAGCUCGUGGUGGUGGUGGCGGCGGAGUUGGUAAUCGUGUAUUAAAUUACAGCAUUUACAAACGUGUACUCUGUAUUAUACACGUAAACCUUUCGGCGCAUCGUGCACGGACUUGCACACGGGGCAAUUCACCCACAACAGCUUCAGGUCAUUCAGGGAUAAGUCAGGAAUCAAGUAUAGAUUGCCUCAAAAUGUCAUUCAGACUUAACGAUCGGUAAUGUGGGGGAGAAGUUUGACUAUACUUCACCGCUUAACACGUAGGCUUUCACGACCAAUAUCAUCCAUAAUACAGGGGUUUUUUGGGGGGGUUAGAUCGCGUAAAUAUAAAUGUGUCGUUAAACCCGUCACCACCCGACAGCCAAUUAGUAAGGGUUGUCACGUAAACAGAACGUGGUUAAUUCGUUACUAGUACAGCACACCGGUGUGUUGGAGAGCAAAUCCACAGCAUUGGUCAGUGCGGCACAGCGCACUCGCUUCGAGAAGUCCGUCUGAACGUAUUUGAAGAUUUGAGAAGUCUGCCCGAGUUGUUGAUUUGCCCUUCAAACUGCCAGAAUAUCUUGUGUUGAGUUAUGCGCAGAUUAUAGGAUUGCCCGCGAUAUGGCGAAACGAACGAUACGAUGUACCGACAGACAAAGUUCACGGUAGUGGUGUUGUCUUUCUUUGCAACACGCCGUUCUAUUGUGCUUAUCGUGACACCGAUAUAUUUUUAAACAAAACAGUUGUAUUAGCCGGCAAAAAUAUUUACGAACUAACAAAAGCAACACACGCAGAGAAAAAUGAGGUUCAAACUAAAUGGCUAUUUUACUCAUUCAAUUGCUGCUUUGCAGAAUGUUUUCUCGUGGUGCAUUUGAUGCCUGUGUCGGUCACAUGACACGGUCAUCGGCGUGGUUAAUUAAGUUUGUUAAUUAGCUCUUGACGGCAGGCUUGUGUGAAUUACGAAGUUGGAGAACGUUUCGGUGGAACCUUGCCUCGUCCCUGGAAGUUCAGACAGCAAGGCAACGAGAAACAGGGAACGAUAGCGAUCGCGAAAACACAAAAUUACGAGGGGUGGGUGGGUGGGGGGUGAUAUCGUGAUAAUUACAUCGCGAACAUGAUAUCGCGAUAAUCGUCGCGACGAUUCGUAUUGUCGUAAAUUAUAUCACGGCAACUCUAAAUAUAUAUAGCACGAAUGCAGUACACUGACAACAACGAGUAACAACGUACGCGUGAAAAACAAUGAUUGUCGUGAACGCACACGCCGCCGUCGGUAUGACCUUCAUGACAUUAAAGCGGUGAAGGCGUCGGGCGAUUAUUUGAUUUUCAUUGCAGACUCCGGUGCCUGCCCGCUGAUUUGCUUGGACGCGGAGUGAGCGGCUACCACGUUCCUGUUGGCAACUCAGAGACGGGGAGAUGCGCCGCGAUGAAUGGGCGAGAGCGCGGGUUGGACGUGAGCGCGCGUGUGGCCGCGAUGUCACUCGUGCCUGGGUCGCACACAACAUCUCCACACGGCUGUGAUGCGAUGUGAAGUGCACGUUCGAUUCAUUGCGCAUGUUGUGGUUGCAGCAUCGGUAGGGCUCUUCAGUAACCCCCCCUCACUACCCACUCAGCCUCCAAAGAUAAAGAUCCCCCCGUAUAUAGCCUUUAACAGACUGUUGGGACAAGUGCUGUUAGCGAGCACCUAUGAAGGUCUGCACUGCACACGAAGGUAGUGGCUUGGCCACACAAAGACAAAUAUCCCCCGUAUAGCCUUUUAACAGACUGUUGGGGCAAGUGCUGUUAGCGAGCACCUAUGCGUGUGUGUGUGUGAGCACUCACCACACGCGCGCACAAGAGGCAGGCACAUGGCUUUGAAUGCAUUAAAUACAAUAAAUGAUCAUCUUUUAAGUGACCACAAUGAACUGCCUGGGGGGGGGGGGGGUAAAGAAAACUGAAGCUGUAAUGUGAAUUGCAAACUGCAACGCGGAGAGGCGUUAACUCGGCCGGUUUACUGAAACUUGCAGUGAUUGGUUGGCUCGGAGGGAGCGCGUGGCAGCCCAACUGCUGGGACGUGGGGUCGAGAAAAUGUGUUUUGAUGCCUUUAGGGAGGAAGCGGUGGAUAAUCGGUAUUCUUAUCGUUGGUGGGUUGGCCUACCACGUAUCUAAGUGAUCUAUGCGCGACCUAUUCGAUGUACUAAUGCAUAUUACCGGCUAUAAUCACCCAGAAAUGUCUGUCCGUCCCGCGCGUGAUGUCACUCCACUUGAGGCCCACCCCCCGCGUGACGUCACUCCACAUGAGGCCCACCCCCCGCGUGACGUCACUGCACAUGAGGCCCGCCCCCCGCCAUUAAUAUUCAUGAGUGAGUGGAUUUUUACACUAACGCAGAUGAAGGUCGAGCUGAAUUAAUUAAUUGAUUACGCAAAGUCGCUUCAAACGUGACGUUUCUUUACAGAAAGUGACGUCACUCUACAUGGCGCACCCCUCCCCAAUAACCAUUAGCGGGUGACGUCACUCCACAUGGAGCAACCCCCCUCCCCCUCAUUAAUAAUCAUAAGCUGAACAAUUUUUCUAUUGAAUAUUUCAGAUUUACUGCAAUAUACACUCACCCUCCUUGGACGGGCAAACAAGCUCGUUUGAAUUAUAUUGGUCAUUCACACAACUCCAACCUCUAACCUUGGACCAACUGGUGCAUAAGCAAGGAGAAGAAUGACGUGGCAAUAGAUCAAAAAUGUCAGUGGGACAUGUAUACUCUAUAUAUCUAUGUAUUAAGGUGUACGUUUGAUACAGUUAUUUACGUAUUUAUUUAUAACGCCUCUUAACUAACGAGGGCCGAGUUGGGAGUGAGGCGCUGCUCGCUCUGCGGAACGCGGAGAGAAACGUCGCAGCAACAGGGCGCCAUGUUGGCGAGAUGUUAACUACCUCGCCUGGUACGCAGGGGGUCGUGGGUUAGAUCCCGACCCUGACGCCUGCUGCUGUAUAUUUGGAGUUUGCGGUGUCUCUCUCCCCGUGGUCGCGUGGAUUUUUCUCCAGGUCCUCUGUCCCCCCCCCCACACACAUUUAGAAUCGACAACACGCGUUUAGAGUAUUUGGUUGCUGCUAUAAAAUGUCCACGUGAUGGUGAUGACGAGCCACUUCGUUGAGCUGUCAUUUGUGAUCGCCAGGUCGCGUCUGACAAAUAGCCACGGAACUCAGUGGGGCCUUACCUGGUCAAAAAAACAAAAUAGCCCCUCUUCUCUCCCAUGCGGUUAUUUUGCGGGUCGCUGCCCUGGUUCGAUCGGUGCGAUUCAUCUGACGCUCACCGCUCACGUUCCAGACACUCCUCCCAGAACUUGAGGAGCGAAAGAGGGUCCCAGGACGUGGAGCGAAACGUCGGACAUCGUACCAAACAUCGCGUGGAGCAGCCCGAAAGCACAUCUGAUAGCCACACAGCACAAAUCGUGACAAAAAAUACCCCUAUAUUGUUAUUGGGUGACGCUGCUGCGUCCGCAAUGGUGCAGAAGCACAACAGCACAAAAUAUUAACACAUUCGUCAAUAACACUGUGUGGCCUUAAAAUGAAAAGUAUAUAUAAUCUGAGACGUUUCGGGCAAUGUGCUAUAAAGAAGGGCCAUCCCCUGAAACGUAGCCUAUUCUAUAUAUGGUAUCUAUUUACCUUUGAAUGCAACGGUCUUUAUUGACGAACAUGUUGAGUUUUAUUUUACUCGGUGGCAUACAAAUGUGAUGUCACGUCAAGUGGAGGCCCUCCAAUGUUGGAGGCACCGCGCCCGAACGCAGUCGCCUUCGUGAAAUCCGCAGAAGCUGCCCAAGGCCGCUACAGAGAUGGCACAGAGAAUAAAAAAACCUAAGAGUAUGGCACAGAGAGGCAGUGCUGUGGCGACAAAGACAAAGAUCUCCCGUAUAGCCAUGAACGGACUGUUGGGGCAACUGCUGUGAGCGAUCACCUUACGACGGCCGUUACGACGGACGAUGGUGUGGGUGUCCGGUACCAUGCCCGGCCGUCUUUGUAUCCCCCAAAUGCCGACGUUUUGCGCACCGCACCAGGUAGUAUUCAUUUCAAGGCCGAGUCACUGGUGUUGGUGGGCGGCCUUGAGCGGAAGUCGAAUUCGGGUCGCCGGGUUCGUAGAGCAGCGCGCUAACCGCUGCGCCACCGCUCCCCCACACUCAACUGACGGGGCCACAACCGCCGCUCGACGCGUUGGGAUGGAGCGCAUCUCUUGCGUACUCGCGUCUGUGAGAAGAGAAUAACGAGCUUCAUAGCUCAUCGGAUUCCUCCAGUAUAAAUGAAUAUUCUGAUUGUGUCUGCUCGCCGUCGCCACGCAGCCACGAGGACGAGCAGACACCGACACGUGUUGUUUCGUCACUUAUCACGGGACCAGAAAGUAAUUUCACCUUGUCCCGCAACAAAGCAAACACAAUCUAUGUUGUGCGUACGGCAUGUUGACAACGUGAUAUGGCUUCUAUUUUUAAAUAUCUGCAGUUUACCGUUGAGGCUCAGCAAGAGGUUCUGUGUAGGUAGGUGUAGGUAUGAACUAGGUUAGGUGUGCAGUGGGUUCACACGCUCUGUCUUUGCUUGCGUUUGUGUCGUAUAUUUAUAUAUCCGCACGCGUAGCUGCGUGUGUGUACGCGCGCGCGUGUGUGUGUGUGUACAGGCUGGGUUUGUCACGUGCGCUGGUUGAUGAUUGUGACCGUGUCGAUUCCGCCACUGCUACUGCAGCUACCAACUCUCUGCUCACAUUGUCAAUACUUUCUUUCGCCGUCAUUGAAUUCCACGAGUCAGACGCAAACGUUUGGUCACGUCGUACGCUAUUAAUUAGUUAACGCAGCUUCUUUACGCCGCCUUAUCUGUGUGACUGGUUCGAGGUUUCAAUGCCACAUCACCAUCAGCAAAACAGCAUCAUAAAUUCGCACAGGGUUCCAAUUGAGAAGUUUGCAGGAUUAACUCGGUUGAUUGGCGUUAUUUUAUUUGUUUUUAAACCACGUACUCUCCGUGAGUAAACGUCUCCCAGGAUGUAAGCAACCUGAUUGGUUCUCUCUGACGGCCACUUACAGGUGUCACGUGAUGUCGAUGAUAUUACUCCACGUGCGGUCUUUAACAACGCCGUUCCUAUUGGAGUCGCCCGUCUACGAUUGGGCAGCAUCUAUCACGUGCGGCCGACGUCGACUUGAAAUCCUUUCUGCGAUCGGACACAAUCCUAUCGCGUGCAUGCCGACUCGGCCUCUUCGCAGUGUCCCAAAUGCAUUGAUUCAAACAUCAUGCAGAGGGCAGCUACCGCUGCAUCCUGUUCGCGAGGAUGAUCAGUCGUUCUUUGGAAGGAUGUUAUUCCUUUCUCCGACCUAUCAAUGUUCAUGGCAAUUUUUAUUUUUGAAUGAAUGGCACUUAUUCGAUCGAAACAAACAAACUCCGGCGCAUUGGAAACCCCGAAUUAGACGUGAUGUGAUCAGCUGUCGCAUUGUGCAUGUGUACAGUCACCGAGGAUGCUUUCGUUACAGGGAAAAAAAGGUACACAAUUGAAUCGGAUGUUUGAACACGUUGAUUGUCACACGGGACCUACUUCUGACAAAACCCCAUCUCCGUCACGGUGUGUUUAGCUGAAGCGCGUGUUUAGUUACAGAGUUUGUAAAAACAUUUUUGAGAUUAAUAUUGUAUCUGCAGGGACAAAGACGCGUAGUGUGUAGCCAUGCCUUCAGUCCUGUGUGUCAGAUGUAGCGUUUGUGUGCGCGUAUACACAACGUGUGGUGCGCCAUCUUCACAUAUUUAAGAAAUGUCUGCUGAUGAGAUGUCAAUGUGCAUGAGCGUGUGUGCGCGUGUACCCGUGUGCGCGCGCGCGCGCGUGCGUGUGUGUGUGCAUAUGAUGGGCCUCAAAAUGCAUAUCCCUAAUUUAUAGAUAACGAUGUAAAUACAUGUACAUGAUUUAAUUUUGUAUGAUUUUUUUCCUGCUAUCUGGAAUAAAGCCUAUGUGAUCGGUAAAACCA